UGGGAAAAAUAUAUUGGCAUGGUACAGUUUACAUGAACUGGCAACUUACGGACUAAUUCAUGUGAAUAAUAGCCACAUAUAAUUAACAUACAUGUGGUGAGAACUGAGGACUAGGCACUAGAAAAUAAGCAGAAGAGCAAGAAAAAGCCAAAAUAUUUUGCCUAUAAGAGGGUAGCUCUAAUGAGAGAUGGCCUCCCUCAUCAGGGCUCAGCCUGCCAAUGGGUCGCCACAAGUAAUCGAUCCAUUUGCAAGCCAGAUAAGGAGCAUUGAAAUGGCGCCUCCAACUGUCCACUACUCCAUUUAUAUACACACAUCCCAUCCUUGACUUGCCACGAGACCUUCUUCCUGCUUCGGAAACUUGGAGAAACAGAGCCACCAAAACGCUCUGCGACAGCUCUGUGCCAAGGACGGGCAUGGAGGGCGAGCAGAGCCAGCUGGGGCUCGCCGGAGAGCCGCCUACGACAGCGAGUCCGGGAGCGCAACAAGGCAAACACGACGACGGCGUCAACAACGACAACGAGGACCCGGAGAACCAGGAGAGCGGCAAUGGCGGCAUCCGGUCCCUGGAGCAGCCGCUGCUGAAGAGGAGCAACACCCUGACUGCCAGCCAUCUCGCCAUGGUCGGCGCCAAGGUCUCCCACAUCGAGAGCCUCGACUACGAGAUCAUCGAGAACGACCUGUUCAAGCACGACUGGCGGCGGCGGUCGAACGGGGAGGUGCUGCAGUACAUCUUCCUCAAGUGGGCGCUGGCGUUCCUGGUGGGCCUCCUGACGGGUGUCAUCGCGUCGCUCAUCAACCUCGCCAUCGAGAACAUCUCCGGCCUCAAGAUGCUUCACAUGGUCCAGCUCGUCCGGGACAAGCGCUACUGGGCGGGGUUCCUCUACUUCUCCGGCAUCAACUUCGCGCUCACCUUCGUCGCCGCCGUGCUCUGCGUCGUCUUCGCCCCCACCGCCGCCGGCCCCGGCAUCCCCGAGAUCAAGGCCUACCUCAACGGCGUCGACACGCCCAACAUGUUCGGCAUGCCGCAGCUCAUCGUCAAGAUCAUCGGCAGCAUCUGCGCGGUGUCGUCGGGGCUGGAUCUGGGCAAGGAAGGCCCGCUGGUGCACAUCGGGGCGUGCCUGGCGAACCUGCUGAGCCAGGGCGGCGGCAUCCGCUGGCUCCGCUACUUCAACAACGACCGGGACCGGCGGGACCUGAUCACCUGCGGCGCCUCCUCGGGCGUCUGCGCGGCGUUCCGUUCCCCGGUCGGCGGCGUCCUCUUCGCGCUGGAGGAGGUGGCCACGUGGUGGCGGAGCGCGCUGCUGUGGCGGACCUUCUUCAGCACGGCGACCGUGGUGGUCGUCCUGCGCGGGUUCAUCGAGGUCUGCCGCGACGGGCGGUGCGGGCUCUUCGGCGAAGGCGGGCUCAUCAUCUUCGACGUCAGCGACGUCACCGUCCGGUACCACGUCGGCGACCUCCUGCUCGUGACCCUCGUGGGCGUCAUCGGGGGAAUCCUCGGCAGCCUCUACAACUACCUCCUCCACAUGGUGCUCCGCCUCUAUAACCUCAUCAACGACAAAGGGAAAUCCGCCAAGCUCUGCCUCGCGCUCGCCGUCUGCGUCUUCACCUCCGCCGGGCUCUACCUGCUCCCCUUCGCCGUUCCCUGCACCCCCUGCGACCCGGCGUUCGGGGCGGCGUGCCCGUCCACGGGGAAGAGCGGCAACUUCAAGCAGUUCAACUGCGCCGCCGGGGAAUACAACGACCUGGCGACGCUCCUCCACGCGACCAACGUCGACGCGACCCGGAACAUCUUCUCCACGGGGACUCCCCACGAGUUCCGGCUCGACUCGCUGCUCAUCUUCUUCGCCAUCUACUGCGUUCUCGGCCUCUUCACCUUCGGCAUCGCCGUCCCCUCGGGGCUCUUCCUCCCCAUCAUCCUCAUGGGCGCCGCCUACGGGCGGAUCGUGGCGCUGGUUCUCCAGCGAUUCGCUCAAAUCGACCACGGCCUCUACGCGGUGCUGGGUGCGGCGGCGCUCAUGUCGGGGUCCAUGAGGAUGACCGUCUCCCUGUGCGUCAUCUUCCUGGAGCUCACCAACAACCUGCUGCUGCUCCCCCUGACCAUGUUCGUGCUGCUCAUCGCCAAGACGGUCGGCGACGCCUUCAACCCCAGCAUCUACGAGAUCAUCCUCGACCUCAAGGGGCUGCCGUUCCUGGAGCCCAAGCCGGAGCCCUGGAUGAAGGACCUCACAGUAGGGGAGCUCGCCGCCGCCAAGCCGCGGACGGUCUCGCUCCAGGUGGUCGAGAGGGUUUCCACCAUCGUGGAAGUGCUGAGGGGCACGGGCCACAACGGGUUCCCCGUGGUGGGCCGGCCCAGGCCCGGCCUGUCGGAGCUUCACGGGCUCGUGCUCCGCUCGCACCUCGUCGCCGUGCUCAGGAAGCGGUGGUUCCUGACGGAGCAGAGGCGCACGGAGGACUGGGAGGCCCGGGAGCGGUUCUCGUCCGUGGAGCUCGCCGACAAGAGCGCGAAGCUCGAGGACCUCCAGGAGAUCACGCCCGAGGAGAUGGAGAUGUUCGUCGAUCUACAUCCGUUUACCAACACCACGCCGUACACCGUCGUGGAGACCAUGUCGGUGGCCAAGGCCGUCGUGCUCUUCCGCGCCGUCGCGCUCCGGCACAUGCUCAUCAUGCCCAAGUUCCAGGGACCCGAGAUAUCUCCGAUCGUGGGGAUCUUGACGAGGCAGGACCUGAGGGCGCACAACAUUCUGGGUGCGUUUCCUCACCUGGCAAACAAAAGGAAGGCUCAUUGAGACUGAAGCUUGGCGGCACCAAUUUUGGGAAUUGCUUCACUCCAUGGUUGUUGUCUUCGGAGCAAGAGAACGCUCGCUUGCUUCUGCGAGAUUCACAGAAUUCUUUCUUUUCUUCCUUCUUUUAUGUGCAGGUAGAUUCAGGAUUUAUUUUCUUCUCUUCUGGGAGUGUCUGAAUAAUUGCUGCCCCCAUGUAAAAUCACACCUGUCCCCUCUACACACCGAUCAUGAUAUGCAAUACAGAGUUUUUUUGUCCUUCCUUUU